GUUCAACAAAGUACGCAGCCGUUUCUAAAGUGGUGAAUAUGUAUUUAUUUACAAAUCGUGGAUAAACAUCGAGCACUGAUGGACGAAAGGAAAGACGCAAGCCUGCUGGUGAUCGUUCUUGACACCAACCCAUCGCAGAGGAUCAUACGGGAGAACCCACACCACCUGACGCAAUGUCUGGAUUCGAUCGUGGCCUUCGGCAAUGCGCAUCUGAUGCAGAAAACACAGAACCGGCUGGCCGUGGUCGCCUGCCAUCAUCACGCUACAGAAUUUCUUUAUCCAACACCGGGUAAACCCUUGGAUAUUAGACAAGUCGACGGACAAUACGAGGCGUUCACGAUGGUCGAAAAGACUAUAAAGCAGAGAUUGGCCAAGAUGAUUAACGAUGCGCCUCGUCUCACAACCCCCACAGAAUCCCUGCUGGCUGGGAGCAUGGCAAUGGCAUUGUGCUACAUUGCUAGGGUCCAUCGGAAUAAACCGGCAGGUGUAAAGAUUAACGCCCGCAUAUUAGUGGUAACCGGAAGCAACGAGUGUGCCUCCCAGUACAUGACAUAUAUGAACGUGUUUUUCACGGCCCAGAAACAAGCCGUAACGCUGGAUGUGUGUGCCCUAGACAAACCACUAAGUUUACUCCAGCAGGGAUGUGACAUCACUGGCGGGCAAUAUCUCAAACUACCGCAGCUGGACGGGUUUCUGCAGUAUUUGUUGUGGGUUUUCCUGCCAGAUCCCCAGGUUCGCUGUAAGCUGGUCUUACCUCCACCUGUCAAGGUUGAUUAUCGUGCAGCUUGUUUUUGUCACCGCGAGCUUAUCGACAUAGGUUACGUUUGUUCAGUUUGUCUUUCGAUUUUCUGCAAGUUCAGUCCUAUAUGUACAACUUGUCAUACCGUUUUUAAAGCGCCGGCACCAAUCGCAACCAAGCCGAAAAAGAAGAAAAUGAAAACCUAGACUGUGUAACCGUUGGGUUUAGGUUUAAUCUUUUUUUGUUUAAAUAAAACAGAAACUACUUAAGAAUAAAAAUUAUUUAGUACAUACUA